GCCCGGGGCAGCCCCGGGGGCCUUGCGCAGUCCCGGCGCUUCGGUGGCGGGAGCGGCGCUGUCGCGAUAGAGAGAGCGGCCCCGGGGCCCAGGUGUUCGUCACCCGGCGGGGCUGUCGCGAUAGAGAGCGCGGCCGCGGGGCCGGCGGUGUGUCAGGGGGUUUCGGACAGGGGAGAGGAUCCCAGUUGCCACCCACGUGCGCGGCCUUGGGCUGUCACAGUGGGGGUCACAAGGCGGGACUGUCACGAUAAGAUCGGGGCUGUCGGGCCCGUCCUGGCAGCGCUGUUGUGACAGAAGUGUGUCCUCGAAGCCAUCGCAAGCAGGGCUGUCUCGACAGGAGGGGUCCCUUUGCCCUCAGGCCGGCUCCUUUGCCCCCGCGGCCCGGGCACGGAGCCGGGCAUGGAUCCGGCCGGGGCGUUCCCGGUGCUGCAGCGGGAGCUGCGGGCGGCGCUGGCGGAGGACGAGCGGCGGCAGCGGGAGGGCGAGGCCAAGCUGCGGGCACUGCGCCAGGGCGUCCCCGACUACGGCCAGUUCAGGGAGAUUGUGCUGGCUUCUCACCUGAAGCCUCUGGAGAAGAAGGACAGGCUGGGACAGAGGAGGAAUGUGCUGUGGAAUCCCUGUGCAGCCCCAGCUGAGACGGCACCCACCCAUGCUGUGGAGAUACCACAGGAGCUGGAUCAGCUGCCUGGCUCCGCUGCGGAAUUUCACCGGGAUUGGCGCAGGUGCCUCAAAAGUGGGACGGAGAAAUACCAGUUUUUGCUGGAGCUUGGAGGGGAGGCCUUGGGCAGGAUCUUCCAGGCUGAUGUGGGCUUUGGCCUCCUGGGGGAAUUCCUGACAGUGCUGGCAGAGAACAUCCAUCCUGGAGACAGAGCUGCUGUCCUUCAGAUCCUGCAGAGCCUGGCAGGCACCAAGCGCUUUGGGCUGAAUGUGGCUCUGCUGAGCCAGGCAGAGAAGGAGAGCAGCCAGGAUUUGUUCAGGAAGCUGCAGAGCAGGGAUGGGCAGGCUGCUGGCCAGCCUGGCUGCCAGGGGGAAGCCCAUCCCAUAGAGACCCAUCUGGAAAAGGAAACUGAGGAGGAGAGGACAGUGGUGGAGCUGAUGAAGUGUUACCAGGUCAGCUGAGGGAGCAGGAGCACCAGGAUUGAGCAGAAACCUCAAAGCUUGACUUUGGCAUCACCUGGGGCACAAGUUGUGCACAAUAAAGUUUAGCUCCCAGGC